AUGAUUAGUGACAUAAUCUGCCUCUGCACCUGGAUUAAUAACUUCUCUUUUGCGUCACCCUACGCUACAGGUCUGAAGGCCCUCCACGCCCUUACGCGGGGCCGCCCACACCAACUGCGGGCGGACAUGGAGGACUGGGAAGGAAACACGGCCUGGGCCGCCUACUCCUUUUUCUCAGUGCACGGACGGGAAGCCUCACAGCCUCCAACUCCCUCCAUCCACAGAGUGAGCGGCGAAGAAGACAAGUUCAGGCUGAGGAUAUCCGGUUACUCGGGCACCGCCGGAGACAGCUUACGGCACUCGCACCUCCAGAUGUUCUCCACCAUUGACAGCGACAACGAUCAGGAGAAUUGUAAGUAG